CGUCAAUUUAAUACAAUCCUUACUUUAAUCAGGACGGUCGCCACACGUAUAUUUAAGAUAAAUAGAAGCAUUAUUAAUUGUUUAGCAGUGUCAAAAAUAUAAACAGGUUUAGGGAGUAAAGGUGGUAGUGAAGUUUUAUCCACUGGCCUUAAAACAUUUCCAGGCCUUAUUUUUAUUUAUAAGCCGUAAAAAAUCAACAUCUUCUAAAUUUAAUCUGCGAGUUGUUCCGUACAGAUUCAAAACGGUCAGUAAUAUAGAUUUAAAAGAAGAUUAAUGACCAAGAAUGUCCCCAGAUUGUGUAGUCGCUCUCAAGCUAGAAUGCCGCAAAAGAUUUUAAUACGAGUAUGAACGAUUUCGUUUGAAUUGAGUAAUUUUUUUACAAUGAGUAAGAUUGAGGUACAGUACAACCGAGAGCCGACGGCCUGAUGCGCUGGUUGGCGCUGUGCUGCGCGCUGUGCAGUGCGGUGGGCCGGCGCUUUCCGCUGCCGCCGCCGCCGCACCGCGACGUGGAGACCAGCUCGGGCGUGGCGCGCGGCUACCUGCUGCCGCGCCCGCCGCACUACGCCUUCCUGGGCCUGCCCUACGCGCGCGCGCCCCAACCUCACACCAGGUUCCGGGCUGCGGAGUCGCCUGUGCGGUGGGACGGCGUGUUCGAGGCGGCGUACCGCGUGCGCUGCGCGCAGCCCGGGCAGCGCGGCGACCCCGCCUGCCUCGUGCUCAACGUGUUCGCGCCCGAGCGCGCCGCCGCCGCCGCCGCCGCCGGCCCCGUGCUCGUGCACCUGCACGCCGGACACUUCGCCACCGGAUGGGGAUCUCACAGCGCACCUCCUCGCCUCCUGCAGGAGUUCGUGGUGGUGACGCUGAACCACCGCCUCGGCGCCGACGGGUUCCUGUGCCUGGGCACGCGGGCGGCGCCCGGCAACGCGGGGCUCAAGGACCUGGUGGCCGCCUUGGAGUGGAUCCAUGAUAAUAUUGAGAAAUUCGGCGGGGACGCCUCGCAGGUGACGCUGUACGGGACGGGCGCGGGCGCGGCCGCCGCGGAGCUGCUGCUGCUGUCGGGCGCCAUCGACGGGUACGUGCAGCGCGCCAUCCUGGAGGGCGGGUCGGCGCUGGCGCCCGCCGCGCUGGCCGCCGACCCCGCCGGCGCGGCGCUGCAGGUGGCCGAGGCGCUCGGCUACGAGGACGACGGUACCAAAACUAAUGAACACCUCACUGAUUUCUACCAGAACAUCCCCGUUGAGAAAACGCUCAAUUAUUCUAACAGGUUUGCGCCCUGCGUUGAAAGCGUGGCAGAGUACUCUUCGGCUUUAUUAAUUAAGGACCCUAGAGAAAUUUUACAAACUGGCAUAUUCAAGUCUAUCCCUCUUUUAAUUGCGUACUCGAAAGAACGAUCGUUGGACGACGACGAAAUGUUCCAAACUUUGCCGCAUAAGUUUGAAGAUCUUCUGCCGAACAAUUUAUUAUUCGACAGUGAGGAAUUAAAGAAAAGAGUCGGUGAGCAGGUGCAGGAAACUUACUUUGGCGGGCAGGAGGCGGGCGCGGACAUAAUAGAGCACUUCGAGAGCUACAUGAACGACGUGUUCGCGGCGUACCCGGCCGUGAAGAGCGCCGCGCUGCACGCGGCCGCCAGCGACGCGCCCGUCUACCUCAUGGAGUUCAAGCCCCGGGACCAAACUAAUACCAUUUAUCAAUAUGUUUUUGGUAAAGAAUCCCUUAAUGAAGUAGAGGAAGAAAUUGCUGUGAAAUUGGUGACCAUGUGGAGUAACUUUUUGAAGUUUAGUGACCCUACACCCUUGGAAACUUCGAUAUUGCCAGAAAUAUGGCGGCCAGUCACUGUCCGCAUAAGGAACGAGAGGCCGGACAUCAGCACCGCCGCGUGCCUCGUGCUGGACCUGAGCCAGGUCACGCUGGAGAUGGGCGUGCCCAGCUCGGGGCACACCUUGCCCAUUUGGGACCACAUUUACGAAAUCUUCUAUAAAUCGCACACACCAAAGCUUCAUCUGUCGGAGAGUGAUGUGCUGCUGUACAAUGAAGAGCUCGCUUUUAUUUCCAUUAAAAGCCAACAUGAGAGUACCAAGAAAGGAAGUAAUUCUGGAGGGAAUAAAGAAAAUAGACCUGAUGGGGAGGGAAUUGUUGAGGAAGAAAAUGACAGGAACGGGCAAGAUGAGGAGGGAAGUGUUGCGGGAGACAAUGACAGAAACAGAGUAGAUGAGGAGGGCAGUGUUACGGAAGAACAAGACCCAAACAGACAAGAGGAGGAGGGCAAUGACACAAACGGACAAGAGGAGGAGCAAAGUGUUGUGGGAGACAAUGACACACCUCCACCGCAGGAGGAGGGAAGUGAAGCGGAAGACAAUGACACCAAGAGACAGGAUGGGGCGGGGAGUGCUGACAAUGACAGUCAUGAAAAUGAUGAUAAACCGAAAAAUGUGAACUAUGACAUUUAUGAUAAUGUUCCUGUCACAGAUGAUAAUGCUGAAGAUGAAGAGUCUGUUGGUAGUGUUGAUGAUUAUUGAAUUAAACUGAUGACAGAAAUAUGAGAAAUUAUCUUUACUAUUGUUAAUGGUGCUAGUGACAGGGUUCGAGUCAUUAUGUUGUAUAUUUAGUUUGAUAUUAAAAUUUCCUCUAUUUACGAAUUCAUUGACAUUCAUUUUUAUUGGAGCCUACAAAUGUAUGAGACAAAUGUCAUGUAAAUCACAUAACAGAAUAAAUGAUUGGUAAUGUAGCAACGUAUUUUGAAACCGAUGGUAGUAUGACUUGUGUAAAUAUGUAAGGAAGAUAAGUAUUGAGGAAUAAUAAAAAAGCCAAAAUUGGAAUCUAUUACUGAGAUAAAUGUACAUCUCUGCUGCCAACAUGUACAAUUUUGUAUCUGAAGAUAUACUUAUAAUUGGUGCUGAGUGAUGAUUGUGUUGCUCUUCAAUAAAUAGGUGCACUAAUUUCCCUACGUUAUUCAAGACCAUUGUUCUCAAUGUACAUAAAACUCCAUCAACUAGUUAGAAUUUAUUUUGAAAUUAAAUCCAAAAUUUUAAUAUCAUAAAUUAUAAAUCCAUACUAAUAUUAUAAAUGGGAAAGUGUGUG